UGCGGACAAUAACAUAGGAACAGUGACCGGGCCAAUGUUUGGAGGAACGUCGAGUGUUGGAGAGUUCUUCUACCUCACCAAUAACAGUAUCACCGGUUUGAGCAUAGACGCUUUUGAUAAUGUAGUUAUUGGAUACUUUUACCUCAGUGACAAUGAGCUGACAGUAUACCCUCAAGCCAUCAAAACUUCACAAAAUCCAGACAGAAUAUACAUUGAAAAUAACCAGUUGUCGCAGAUUCCGGAUGGGUCUUUCAACGGAAUGACAAAUCUGAAGAGGUUAUAUUUGACUGGAAACAACAUCGAUUUCAUUCAGUCGGGUUUAUUUACCGAUCUCACAGGACUGGUAUAUCUUGUCCUUGGAAACAACGUUAUCGAGCGGGUUGAUACAGAUAUAUUUGAUACCUUGUCAAACUUACAAUACAUCUACUUGCAAGAUAACCUCCUUAACCAUUUUCCGGCUCUUGGCACACAGUCCAUGAAAACUAUCGAUCUAGGUUCAAACGCCAUCGAAACUGUCGCCACUUCAGCCUUUUCAAGUCUUACUACUUUGUCUUCACUGGUUCUUACUAGCAACCCGCUUGCUUGCCAAUGUCAACUAGUUUCCGCCCUCCAUGACGUUGCCAGCACUAUUACUGGAGGUGAAUGCCAGUACCCUACGGCAGCAAAUGGAAUUGCGUUUGAUUAUAGUCUGCUCACAGAUCCUACAUAUUACUUCAGCAGUAAUAACAACAAUGCUUCACUGUUCCAAUGUUCUGGUGAUAAUGUGGCUGCUACAGCUAGUUCUGGUACAGAGAUCGUAGUGACAUGGGACCAGCCAGCUUAUUUGUAUUUCCAGCCUAACGGAACAAUUGGAUCUUCGCCCACGCUUACUGGAUCCGUAGAAUACCAGGUGACUUGUGUCAGCGACACUGCAUCAACACUGUAUAACACGGAGACAGAUGGGGAUGCCACUGCAGGAUCUAGUUCAUUCUCUAUGACCUUUAACACCGGUGUAGUCCCUGGUACCACGUAUGAAUGCUCUAUUAAGAUGGUGCAUUCAUCAUUUGCUAGUGCAAAAAGUAGUCCGUCUGUUGUAAUUACCCCUGAUGCUGUAGUCCCUGGGCCUGGAGCUGGUGCAAGUGACGUGGAACUUGACGUCAAAUAUUACGACUUCAGUAAGUCUCAUGCCGACUUCAACGAUCUAUCUUAUCCUACAAUCAGUUCUCCAUCGUACGUUGCUAGUCCAUACGGUGCCUGGCUGUCAAUAUCGAAUAAUCCAACAGCUGAUACGUUCUCCGCCUGGUACCGUGAAGAUAGCUCAGUAAACUACGAGAUUUCCGACACCAUUAUAUUGUAUGCUCAAACUGGAACUAUUAAAAAGUACUGGAGUGACGAGUUCUUUCCAGUUGAUGGCCAGGGAUUUACUGCAGAACAACAACAAGAUUGUAACGGCACAUACCAUAACUUUGGUUUUACAACAGCGAUUCGAUCAGGCAUCAAAUUCGCCGGGACCGAACAAAUCACACUAGGUGGAGGGGAGGCAUUGUGGUUGUUCAUAAACAAGAUCAGCUUGAUUGACUAUGUUUCAACAGGAGCUGCGAGCAAGGAAUGUUUUUACAUAGAUCUAUCACCGGCUCUCACUUUCGGCGGUGGGUUAGUUGUUCCGCAGCAAGGUACAAUAUCCGGCGGUGCUUGCACUGGUUUGACAGCGAUGUCCACUAAUGCCACAUUGGAACUAGAGGUAGAUGAGAUAUACCACUUUGAUUUGUUUCUGGCCGAGACAAAGAGGUGUACAUCUGAAUUUUUGUUUCAAAUUGAAGAUACCACCUUCAGUCAGGAUCCUACAACCGAGCUUCCACUCGAUUACAGCGCAACAAUAGCAGAAGAUUUUUAUGUGGAUGAUAUUGUAACUACAGUGUAUUUGACCGAUGCAUUUUCAGUAGGACCAUACGAGAUAACGUUGUAUGCAGGAAAUGAAAAUCGGUUGUUUGAGUUCAAAGAAGAUACAGUGGGCAAUCAGUUCACUGCACCAGCUGCCGUCUCACCAAACUAUACGACAAUAGUCGACAUUGACGGAAAUACUGUUAACUUUGUUGAAUGCACUAGCGUGUUUACCCCAACUUGGACGAGCAAUACCGCAAGUGAAACGUUCAGCAUGUCUACUUCCACAUCUUUGUUCACCUUGAAAGAUGUCCUUGACUAUGAAACUACACAGUCGUACUAUCUUCUUCUUACUGUAGAAGAUCAGGGUCUUAACAUCACUGGAUCCAUGGCAAUAAGGGUAAAGAUAGAGGAUGUCAAUGAUAAUUGUCCAAUUAUAACACCAACAAGUGCUUCAAUGACACCUCUACCCGUGUUAGUAGAUGAACCACUUAUGUAUUUUGCCUCGAGUGAUGCUGAUAGUGGUGACAACAGUGAUGUCAGAUAUAUCGUGUCAGAAGUGAUACCAGAUCCACCUGUUGAUUACAACGACACGAUGGAACUGUGGAAUGACGUUUAUCUCAACUACACAACGUUACAGUUUAACGUUAUUGCCAUUGAUAACGGGACGGUACCACACGGUGAUACAGCGUCCGUUAAUAUAACAGUUAGUAAUACGUGCGUAAUGGAUGUUCUGUUUGGGGAUAUUACAUACAUAUUUGCAGUAAACAAGUCUACUGGAGGAAUGACCCUUCGUAUACCCAAAUAUUAUGUAGUUGAUUUCCUAUGCUCGGAUGAUAUUGGACUUACAACUGGUAUUGUGUUGGACAAUAUGAUGUCAGCAUCAUCUUCCUUGGAUUCCCUGCUUACAGGACCCGGGCGAGCCAGAGUCAAUGACACAGCAAAUGCAUUCAGCGGACUGUCUGGUGGUUGGGUAGCCGGUACUGCAGAUACAAAUCAGUAUAUAGAAGUUGAUAUGAGUUUACCCUACAAGUUCACAAAGGUUCAUAUUCAAGGUCGUGAGGAUGCUGAUGAAUGGGUUACAUCAUUCAAAAUAUUAUACUAUAAUGAUUCUACAGCGGCGUGGGAUGAAUACACACACACAAAUGGCCAAAAUGUUUUUGUGGGUGUAGCAGAUAGAAACACAAUAACCCAGUUGGACUUGGACCCUGCAGUACUGAGUACAAAGAUUCGAAUAAAUCCACAGACAUGGGCUGGAGGAAACAUUUCACUGAGACUGGAGUUAUCUGGCUGUGAACAAGCGGAACAGCUGUACUACGACGUGAGCUGUGUACGAUGUGAAGCCACAAAUUACUGUGAAGGCGAAGGAAUCCAGAAGCCGUGUGGUAGGUGUGAUCCUUACGACCCAUCGUCUACUUGCGGUCGCAAUCCUGUAGAACAUUCAUUUGGACAUGCCUCAGAAUGCACCACUUGUCCGGAUGGCUGGAUCUGCAAAGAUGGUUACGCCACACCAUGUGAAGAAUUUUACUACGUAGAAUGUAACUCAACUUGGUGCCCAGACAAUUGCACCCAGUGCGAACCUGGUUAUGCCUGCCUUGAUGGACGGAGAACACAGUGCCGACCUGGAUAUUAUUCAGACGGAUUCAUGGAACACUGCUCUGCCUGUGACCCCGGUACCUAUCAAAACCAGUCUGCAUCCAGCUCAUGUGUUUCUUGCCCUGCCGGACACUAUAGUGGUACUGGCAUGACAGCAUGCGAAAUAUGCGAACCGGAAGAGUAUGCAUUAAACGACGGAACAGGCUGUGUACUUUGCGCAGACGCAGUAGAGUGUCCUUGUAUGACUUGGGAUAAAUGCUUCAAUGGCACGGGAUGUUACAAUACUGGAAGUGGAACUUACCAGUGUGAACCGUGUCCUGACGGAUAUGAGGCUUCUGGUACCUCUUGUUCUGAUAUAGAUGAGUGUGCUGACAACAACCCGUGCUUCAAUUCAAGAUGUAUCAACACAGUACCUGGCUUUCAGUGUCUAGAGUGUCCUGAAGGCUACUCCGGCACAUUUGAGGACGCCUAUGCCUGGGGCGUACAACAGAGGGUGUUUGUUUGGAUGAACACAAUGUAUGACAACACGUCUUACCAAACUUGUAACGACAUUGACGAAUGUGCUGUAAAUAAUGGAGGUUGUGACUCCAGAAUGCCGUGUGUUAACACAGUGGGCAGCUAUUAUUGUGAUUUUUGCGAGACGGGAUAUAUUGGUACAAACAAGAGCGGCUGCUAUCUAGAUAAUUUCUGUAUCUCUGGCGCACAUGAUUGUAACAAUGUCUGGGCGAACUGUGUUUAUUUGGGACCAGCUGAGUAUAGAUGUGAGUGUAAGCCUGGUUAUGCGGGUAACGGAGAGAGGUGUGGCUUAGACUCGGACAAUGACGGACAUCCAGACAACGGAAUAUCCUGCAUCGAUUGGGGAUGCUUCAGGGACAACUGUCGGUAUGUAUCUAACAGUAACCAGGAAGAUAGUGAUGGUGAUAACAGCGGGAAUAACUGUGAUUCUGACGAUGAUAAUGACGGAAGAUGGGACUAUCUGGACAACUGUCAGUAUGUCUCUAAUUGGAACCAGACUGACACUGACGCUGAUGGUGUAGGCGACGCCUGUGAUAACUGCCCCAAUGAUAUAAAUGCUGAUCAACUAGAUACCGAUGGCGACGGUGUUGGUGACAUUUGCGACUCGGAUGACGAUGAUGACGGUGUCCUUGAUGGUAGCGACAAUUGUCAGCUAGUCGCCAACGCGGGUCAGGAAAAUACAGGUGAUAGUGACACGGUAGGGGAUGCAUGUGACAACUGUAUUAAUGUUGACAAUGAUAACCAACUAGACACAGACCAGAAUGGUGUAGGUGACGCAUGUGAUACAGUUGGUGGCACAAAUAAAGAUGAGGAUGGAGACAGUAUUAUUGACAUUCUUGACAAUUGUCCCUCAUAUCCAAACGCUGAUCAGUCGGACAUUGAUUCUGACGGCGCGGGUGACCUAUGUGAUUCGGAUAUGGACGGCGAUAGUGUUAUCAAUGACCUUGACAACUGUCCAUAUUACAGCAAUGUUGGUCAGGAUGACGUGGAUGGUAAUGGGGUUGGUGAUGAUUGUGAAACUGACGCUGACGGAGACAGUGUGAUUGAUAAAAAUGACACCUGUCCACACAAUCCAGCCAUCAGUACCACAAGUUUUAGCAAUCAUUUCACUGUUGACCUUGACCCUUCAGUUUCUGCUGAUGCACCGUAUUGGGAAGUCAAAGAUAAUGGGGCAGAAAUUCAACAGACAGUGCACACAUGGAUGCCUGGCAUGCUUAUAGGUGAGCAAGCUUACGGAGGAGUGGAAUACGCUGGAACUUGGUUCACAAAACAUUCAUCCGCUUCGGACUAUUUUGGCUGUGUGUUUGGAUACACGAACAAUAGGAAGUUUUAUGUGGUCACGUGGAAAGGUGUUCACUACAAUUACGGGAAUACAACAUACAAAGCUGGAAUUAAGGGAAUCCAGUUGAAGGUGGUAGACUCAAGUACUGGACCUGGCAGCACUAUGGCUGAGGCUAUCUGGCACAGUUACGAUACGUCAGGAGAAACUAAACUUAUUUGGCAGGAUCCAGAUCUUCAAGGAUGGUUGCCAGAGACAUCGUAUAGAUGGUUCAUAACACACCAACCGUCUAUAGGAUAUAUCAGUAUCCAGGUAUACCGUGGUUACACGUUACUUGUUGACUCCGGACCUUUAUACGACUCUACAAUAUCUGGAGGAAGACUUGGUGUGUUGCAGUUCGGUGACAUGUCAGUUAUUUGGUCAAAUCUGCGUGCUGAGUGCUUAGAUCAUACAAACCAAGCGUUACAUUUUGACGGAAUAGACGAUUAUGUUACGCUUGAUGAUAUACCGACCCUGCAAAUAAACGAAAGUUUCACCGUGGAGGUUUGGUUGAAACUGGAUAGCGGUUACACGACUGGACCAUAUCCAAUUUUCUGUACGUCAAAUGGCACCCUAUGUCUUUGGGUGGAGAACUCGGUGAUAUAUGGUGGAUAUGGAACACAGUCUGUAGUGUCGUCUUCAACAUUGUCUGCUGACGUCUGGUAUAAUAUCAUAUACAGGCACAGCAUAGAAGACGAGACCAUUGCUAUAUUUAUUGAUGGUGUUCAAGACAGUAUAACAGCAGGUGUGUCGAUGGUCAACUGGACUGUUGAAGCUGAGACACAUGAUCUGACGGUAUACCUUGGCAAACAGAACAAUACUUACUUCAGGGGUACAAUAGAUGAACUGCGUCUUUAUUCUGUCGCCGUACCGGAUACUGAUAUAUCCUCACACAUAAGUUUGGUAACCCUUGAAAGACCAAUGUUCAAAGAUUAUGGGGUACUACAUUUCAAGAUGGAGGAAACAGCUGGAACGGGCAAUUUAACAAAUUCUGCUUCACUUACGGCUACUUCAGAUCUGUCCGGAGGUAGCUUUGUUACGAGUUACCAGCAAUACAGUCAAUUUGUGCUGACGUACCCCAACAACAGACGUUAACUCUCAAAACUGAAUUUAUGAGCUGUGAACAUUUUAAUUAUUGAUGCUACUGUACUGUUGUGAAGCCAUUUGUAGUCUGUGUCAUGUCACCAUUACGGAGAAUCGCUAUGAAAUUUAUAUGAGAUUUCUUUUUUGGGGGGUGGGGGCGUAAUUUGUGGCGCGGUGUUCAUGUCAUGGUUGAUAUGCUCCUGUUAAUAUUUUACAUGUUUCAUUUAGCAAUAUAUCAUAUAUUUCUUACCGAAAUAAUUCUUUGUAUUACAGUGAUACUUAAAAGCUGCUCUUAUGCGAACUUGCUUCAUUUUACUGUUAUUUUAUAUUAUUUUCUGUUGUUUUUAUGUUCAUUUAAUUUUGCAUUUUUUUAUUGUUGUAUUAUUGAACAUCAGGCCGACAUAAAUGUAAGUCAUAAGACAACUUUACAGCUUUUGCUGGUGGGGGAGACUUAAGGUGCCCCUUCGCGUAUUAUUUCAUGCCUAAGUGGGCACCUCAAUAGAACUAACGAGCUUCCGUAAGCCAGCUUCGUGAGAUUAAAGAAUUUUAACACUCCAAGCUUCAAACUAACAGCGGGGAGGUGCAAGAGAUUCGAAGUCAGAGAGCUGAACGACUAGAAUUUAACCCGUUAAACUUCAUAGAAUGAUUACCUGUGCUCAGUUAAUGACUCAUAUUGCUUGUGGGGGUCGGGGUGGGGGGGGGGGGGGGGGGCGGGUACAGAUCAAUGUCACAGUGGCAUUUGGACUAAAGAUAUUUUACAGUACACAACACAACCAGUGGGCCUACUGUCUAAGAGGGGAUUCGUGGCCAGGUGAUUACAAGUCAAAUGGUUUAUCGCGGCCAGAAAUUUGUACAAACCGGACAGAAGUUGCAAAAUUGUCAUUUGUGCAGGAAAGAAGCGUUUACCGUAAUGUCCAGUACUGGACAGGUAUAGUGACCAUGCACGGACACAGCCAGUUUUCCCAGAGGGGGGCCGAUCCCCUUCCCCACCUGGACAUUUUGAAAUUUAGCACUUCAUUUUUUGCAUUCUGGGACAGUUUUAUGGACUAACUUGUUAAAUUUGGGAAAAUGAUAAAAUCAAGCUUUCUUGAAGGUAAAAUUCUUAGUUUCUUUUAGAUGAAUAAUAUGAAUUAUGUCGGGGUCGUAUGUAUAGCAGCAGCCGCAUAUACUUUACAUGCAGUCCUAAUGUUGCCUUUUUCGAAAAACAUUUUCUUUCCUUCUUGUCUUCUUUCCUUUUUUAAAGAUUUUCCAGCGGGGGUCCGGACCCCCGGUACCCCCCCCCCCCCCCCCCCCCCCCCCCCCACUCUUGAUCCACGCAUGGCGACAUACCGUGCUUUCUGUUUAUGCAGGUAAAAUACUCUAUGGUGAUUAGGUCAUGAUCAAAGUGAAAUUCUCGGUGACCUUGGGGCUGAAAAUUGUUACCUGGAAAUAAGCUGGAUUCUUCAAAUAUCAUACUCCUAUUGCCUGUGAUCAAUAGAUACUCUCAAUUUAGUGUUUGUCAUCAGCAUACUUCAUAUUGCACAUACAUACCUAGGCUAUCUCUUGUUUAAAUUUUGUUGAUUAGUUGUGCUUGCAUAGAAUAUCUUUUGUCAUUCCUUUUCUGUGUUAAGAAAAAAUAAACUUGCAUCGUAGUAUGGUUUAACUCUUGAAACAAAUGUUCUUUGUGAGAUGGCUGGAUAUUGCAUGUCAAUUCACAUUUCCAUUUAAAUGAAGCGGUAUGCGGAGACACGUGCUUUAUUAAAAUCAAUUUCUAGUUACGUUACAUCAAAAUUGUUUAAAGAAAUUAACGAAAGAAAGUUGUUAUUGGGAAGGUGAAUCAAGCUAUUCAAUGUUGUUGGUUUAUGCAUAUGUGUGUUAUCCACACAUACAAUAGUCAUUGAUGAUUGUGUGUAAAGUCUGAAUUAUUAACCACAUAUGAUGAAAAUCAGAAAGCUCCAUAAUCAACUUGUAUGGUGGUUUCCGGAGAAAUCUAUUCACCCUCUGAUGAACACAAUUUGAGAAAAUGGUGACAGUAGUUGGACUCUCGUCUGCAUUUUAAUUAGUUAAGUCAGUAACCAGCCUGACCUGUUAUUGUACAAGUGUAUUAAUUCUUGAUAUUUUGCUGGUCAAAGUAUCUUAUUCAUUUGUUACUCUGUUUUCUAAAUAAAACACUAACAAUUA